AUGACACAGAAGGUCCUCCAAGUCGGGAUCCUCACCGGAGACGAAGGCGCCCAAGCCAUUCAAGGAAUCUACCUUCCUAUCCUUACCGCUCUUACCAACACAUACCAAGUAGCUGCCAUCUACAAUCCUCCAAAAGAUACCAAGCAGACGAUAAACAGCACCAGGAAGACUUGCACCAACGAGAUCAUCUCCGACCCAUCUAUCCAGCUGAUCCUCAACUUCAUGCCCAAUGAGUACCACGAGAUCUACACAGUAGCAGCUCUGGAUGCUGGCAAGCACGUCAUGGUCGAAACACCCGUGAGCCUGAGCAUCCAAAGUGCACGGCGCAUUAUCGAAGCGGAGAAGCGCGCCCCCAAUGGUGCUAAAGUGUUUGUGGCAUGUGCGCGACGCUAUGCCCCUUGUAUCGAGGAGGUCUUCAGGAAGGAGGUUGCCUCCCUGGAUCGCAUCUAUUACGCUCGCUGUCGAAACAUCGCGGGCCCUAGCUUGGCGCACACGGCUACCGCACCGCGGAAGAAGCUCUGGACAGCCCUGAUUGGUGCAGCAGCAUAUGGAUUCGCAUCGGAGGAGAUUAGGAAGCAGGAUAGUGGCCCGCAGCUCAUGCACGGUUUGCUGCAGGAGAUGUUCUUGGGACAGGAACUGACCAAAGAACGGAUCGCGCUCUGCGAGUUUCUUGCCUCUCUGGGCUGUCAUGAUUUGGGCUUGAUGCGCGACUCGCUUGGAUUUCCUGAUGCCAUCUCGAACAUCUCUGUGAACGAGCCAUACUACUCGGCCUUGUUCCAUUAUUACAGUGGGCAGAAGGGCGAGCACCCAUUCACCCUGAUGUACGAGACGGGUACCGAUGCCGUGCCGCGUUGUGAUGCACACCUUGCAAUCUAUGGUGACACAAAGACUGUCAGUAUUCAGUAUGGUCUGCCGUACGCUCGUGGUGUGCCUGUGAAGGUCGUGGUGGAGACGGCGGAUGAGAAUGGGGAGAUGAAGAGGACAGAGAGUGUGAGUGGGUGGCAGGAGACCUAUGAGGCAGAACUCAAGGUGCUGCACGCCUAUCUCACCGAAGAUAAGAUGGCCAAGACGUCCGCCCGCGAUGGGCUUCAGGAUCUGAAGCUGUUUUACCAAAUCUUCGAGCAGUACGAUCGGCAGUGUGGCACCAUUCGGACUCCUCUGGGCUAGGCAAUGGAAAUUGGCAACACGCGCGGUUAUGCUCAGGGUGGGAUACUGUUUUAGCAAGAAAGUCUCACAUGUAAGAAC